CAAACCAAUUUGCCGCACCGACGGUGUCACACUCCUGCAGGGCAUCAUCUUUUGUUUGGGAUACGCGUUUAACCUGGAUUAUCUCCCGGUGGUUUGACACAGCUCCUGUAGGCUCUAGACGACCCUUUUUAUCAUGCGAGUCUUUACUUGAUCGGAUCAUAAAUCUUUGUCUUUGUUUUGUUUUUGUUUUUUUUUUGGUGAAAGAGAAUUGUUUCAUGCCAACUUCAAUGCCAGAUUCAGCAACGAUGAACAAGAACGGAAUCGUGACAAAAAUCCACACGAGGAUUAGAGCUGACCCGUUCACAGCCAAUUACGACUUGGUCGGCAAAGAACUGGGCAGGGGAAAGUUUGCGGUGGUGAAGAAGUGCAUUGAGAAGGCAACGGGGAAGCAGUAUGCUGCCAAGUUCCUGAGAAAGCGACGGAAGGGCGAGGACUGCCGCAUGGACAUCUUGAACGAGAUUGCCGUGCUGGAGUCAGCCAAGGCGAGCCCCUAUGUGGUGGCACUGCAUGAGGUUUAUGAAACCAACACCGAAAUCGUCCUCGUUCUGGAAUGCGCUGCCGGUGGCGAAAUCUUCGACCAGUGUGUUGCCGAUAAUGAUGAGGCCUUCACAGAGAAAGAUGUGGUGCGGCUGGCCAAGCAGAUCCUGACUGGAGUGGCCUUCCUGCAUCGAAACAAUGUGGUCCAUCUGGAUCUGAAACCCCAGAACAUCUUGCUGACCAGUGCCAGACCUUUAGGGGACAUUCGUAUUGUGGACUUUGGCUUGUCAAGACGCAUGGACAAAAUCACAGAAGUCAGGGAGAUCCUGGGUACUCCAGAGUAUGUGGCACCAGAGAUCCUGAAUUACGAACCCAUCAGCACUGCUACAGAUAUGUGGAGUAUUGGGGUCCUGACCUAUGUCAUGCUGACUGGUGAGUCUCCCUUCCUGGGUGACAACAAGCAGGAGACAUUCCUCAACAUCUCCCAAGUCAACAUAGACUAUUCACAAGACACAUUCGAGGGGAUCUCCUCCCAGGCUGUUGACUUCAUCAAAUCCUUGUUGGUUAAAAACCCCAGGAAGAGAGCCACGGCAGAAGAAUGCCUCAGCCAUGCCUGGCUGAACCAGCUCCCCCAUCCCCACUCCCACCCGCACCUCAACACCAGGUCAUCUUUGGAUGAGCCGGAGACGAGCCAGUCUGAGUCUGAGCCCGAGAGCCCGGCUCCCUCCCCUGAGAUGGACUUGAUCGGGUCGUACCUCAUGUGCCCGGGAAAGGGUGAGCUGAAGACGGGCCGUGACACCUUCUCCUUCAGUGAGCCUCCCUUCCCCACGCGACCUGAGAUACAACAGGAGCUGAUCUGCUGAACGACAUCUGACAGGUGGAGAGACACUUAAGGAACUGAAACUCCACGGAGCAGAUGCUGAAAGCCAGUGAGCCUGCAGCUUCUCGGUCUUGAUAUGACUCAGGGCCGUGCUAUAUGGAUGCUGUAUGCCUUCUGCUGGCUGCUUCUACUGCUGUGAUGUCUGUGAGCUGGGCUGUGUGUAGUUUGAUACCUGUGUGUGUGUGUGCGUGUGUUUGAAUAAUGCGUGCUACUCCGUGCUGAUUUUAUAUGAUGACGGGAGGAAUGUGAGAGGAAUGAAGAUGCAGGAGAAAGAAGUGGGAGAAGACACAGCACUCGUCAGCGAGGGUUUUGUCACAGGACUGCACUGCUGCCUUAAAAAAAGUGACUGAAAUGAACUGGACUCAGCUUAACGCUGUGGCUAGUUCACUCCUGUGCGCACACUGGUUUCUCUUUUUCACCCAAUUAGCCUUUUGAACUGGGUUCCAGAGGAGAGGCAGGUCUCCCGCUUCCUUGGGAAAUGACUUCACUCACAUCAAAACAUGUUAUGCUUCAGCUGACCCAGUCAUACCUUAUGUGAUGAGUUUUGUUGAAGGAAGUUAAGGGUUUUGACAGAUGUUUCUGUUAAACAAAGGAAUUAAAGUAAAGGACAGCACCUACGCUGAAGCCAGACGUUAACUGUUCCACUGUUUUAUAUGUUAAUUUAUGUGUGUUUGUUCUACCACUUCAGCCCCUUAAAUACACAAAGCCACAUCAAUGCCUGACUUAAAGAUGGAAAUAGUAGCAUUCUUAUUUUUUUUUCAGGACAAUCUUGAGCACUUUUUUUUUAAAUUUUUGUUAUUGGACUUUCAUGUAAUAAUAAGAAACCAAAGGCUCAUCAAGUACACUCCGCUGUCACACAUUGUACUGUACAUAUUAACAAUUUCCCACCAAUCACAGUCGUCACAUGAUCUUUUUUUUUUUCACAAAGUGCCACUUCGUCAACCUCACUUCUGUGUUAAUAAUACAGUCAAAAUUUUAUUUUGUUCGCUAUUGCACAAGUUGCACAAUUUUUUUUUUUUUGUUUGUACUUAAUUGAGAGGUUGCCACUCAAUUUCAUGCUCUUCAAAUAUUGUGAAAACGACAGUCUUGGAAAGAGGGAUCGACAGGGGUUAAAAAAGUCCGGCUUUGCUAUUAGAAUAGUAACAGAUGAACAAUGAUAUGGUGAACUGAAGGGCUCAGAGUUGUAUACAUAUGUGAUAUUUGCCUUCAGAUGCUCGGGAGCAGAGAAAUUAGGAAUAAUUUCUCAAAAGUACUGAAAUGUAUAUUGUGAGUUAGUAUUAAGAUUAAUAUGUAAAAAUAAUUGUUUUUUUUGUUUUUUGUUUUUUUUUACCAAUGUAUGAAUGUUAACAUCAUUGUAUCAUGUCUUAUUUUGUACAUUAACUUCUACUUAUUCCUUUUUUUUCUGCUCAUGAAUUUCAGGCAGGUUUGCACUUCCCUUUGGACAUUAUGUUAAAAUGAAUAAAUGUUGAUGGCAUGCAUUGCAAAAAUGUAAAAGAAAAAAUACAUGUACGUUUUGUAUCAAA